AUGUUGUUGAAUACACUUUUUGUGUGGACAACAGCAACGUUGCUAUGGGCUACAACUUCUCUAGCUUACCCAGGCCAAAGCGAGAUGGCCAUGUUGGAGACUCGUGCAUCGUCCAAAUUGAAGGAUCCUACAUUCUUUCCGAACGGUGAUAGCAAUGAAUAUGAGAAUGGAUACAACACACUACCACCCAUCCCAGGUGCAAACAUUGAUACUACUACGUUUGUUCUUGAUGGAAAUGGUACCACAAUAACUACGUACGUCACAGCCAACUAUGAUCCGUCGAAGAUUAAACGUGCUGUCAUUCAGAUCCAUGGAGAAACGCGUGAUGCGUGGAACAUGUGGCAGUAUUUGAACGUGUCAAUGGAUCAGGCUAGCCAGGAAAGUGAUAUUUCUAAGGAUGAAAUUGUCCUUGCGGCACCGAUGUUCUUUGACGUUUUGGAUGCUGGCGCCUACCCUGUCGAUCAAAGCAAUACAAGCAAUUCGCAUUCCCUGAUCUGGGACAGCAACUCAUGGGGCGAAGUUUUGGAUGCAACUUAUCCUGUGUAUGACCAGAAAGGCAAACUUGCCAACCCACCGUUUCAGACGAAGAGCUCGAAUAGUUCGAAGAAGUCAAAGAAUGGCUCGUCGAACAAGCGAAGUGUACUCGAGUCGCGCAAGCUGAAAACGAAUGUGGAACUGUCUUCAGAUCAGCAAAGCGCUGGACUUUCGUCAGGGGAUGUCCUCGAUAAAUAUGUCAACUACUUUACGAACACUACUAUGUUCCCCAACAUGAAGAAGGUCGUGAUCUCUGGUUUUAGUCGAGGAGGCCAAGUAGCCGCUCGUCACCUCGCCAUGAAUACGAAUAUGGAUAAGGUGAACAUGGUGCAUUAUCUGAUCGCGAGCCCUGCUUCGUACAUGUACCUGGACAAUAGACGUCCUUUGCCUGUGCCAGAGAACUGUACGACCUUCAAUGAAUACAAGUACGGUCUCGAUGGUAGCUUGCCGGCUUAUUACACUCGUCAAAAGGACACGCCCGAAGAUAUUCGUAAUCGGGUUUUGCAAUGGGAGCAAUUCUACCUAGUGGGACAAAGUGAUGGCCUGAACUCUGAUACAUCGUGUGAGGCCAUGACGCAAGGCAAAGGUCAUGUCGACCGUAUGGUGAAUUGGGUAACCAAAGAGCUGACGAGUAUGCCUAACAAUCCUACGCCGAAUAAGAUACCCGAUCACAUCUACUCUGGUCAGGUUUCCGGUGUGGGACACAAUGCGUUCGAUAUUUUGACAUCGCCCGCUGGUAUUCAGGCCUUGUUCGUCCACGACUACAAUGGUGAGAACAAACCUGCUUCUGGUCAGCGCCCGUUGCAACCGGGUCGAAAUGGAGUUGUCCCUGAAAAGUUGAAUGGAGCAGAAUCGCUCUACGCACGUAUGCCGCCUUCUGUCAUCGCGGUCCUCUGCUUCUUUGUGUCGUUGGCUCUUAUUAUGUGA